UAGUUGCUCUGCACUUUGCCUUCACUUUGGCAGACCAACAAACGCGACCGCGACUCUUGGCCAGAAGCACAGCAGAGCCAGCAGAAUGGCUAAAGCUAAGGCCAGAACAGAACAGAGCAGAGUACAGCACAGAGCCAAAGCCAGAGAGCCAGGCCAAAAGGCAAAGGCAAAGGCAGCCAGCCGGCCCAACAACUAGUUUUUCUUCAGUUCCUCCUUUGGCUUUCAUUGUACACGGGUUUGUUGUUUAGUGUGCCAUUGGCGCUAACAACGUGCGGUUCGCUCUUGCGGUUUUGUCGCCGCCCGUUAGAGCCAGGAAAGCCAGAAUAAAAUCUAGCCCCCGAAAACGAGGCUCCAAAACAAAGGUGGCGAGUGCAUUUCAACGAGAUCUGCAGAUUACACAAGUCGCGCCGGCUUGUUGGAGUUCCUUGAACUCCCUUAGAUUUCUUUCGCGGGGAGGGGAGAGUGGAGUUGUGUAACCCAUUUUCUCGAUUGCACUUUAAAAGGCGAUUACUCUAAAUAUUAAUAGGAUUUAUUGAUUGGCUGUCGGUGGGAUCGAAGCCAGGCUGUAGCCCCAUCGCCAUCCAUGUCCUUUCUCUCGCCCACUUUGCGACUGGAGAACCUGUCCACGCAGCCGACGAUGACGCAGGAUCAUGUGCCCGAGGACCAGCGCUACAAUAAACAGAAUAUCGUGGCCCAGUGGUGUGUGCCCAUCAAUGGCAAGAUGUACCGCAUCGAGCUGGAACACGGAACGACGAGUGGGAGGCGCAUGAUUUGGGUCAACGGACGGGAGGUCCUGCGACGCGACUGGAUGUUCAAGCUGGUCGGCGAGGACACCUUCCACAUCGACCAGACGCGCUGCAUCAUCCGCGUGGAUCCUGCGCCGGGCUUCAAGUACGAGUACUCCCUGUACAUCGAUGGCAAGUCCCAUGACCAGUACACCGAGGACAUGACGCGCCAGUAUCGACUGUGGCUCUACACAUCCGAGUCACCAUCAUCAGGAGAUUCGGGAGCGGAGGCGUCGCAGGAGUACAGGAUAAUGCUCAAGCUGGACACGCUGAGUCUCUACGUCAACGAUGAGCUGCGCACCGAGGAGUCGGUUUUCGUUCACGGCGGCACAGACACCCAGUUCCUGCUGCAGGACACGGAAUUCGUGCUUCAGGCACGCUCAAGUGGCAAUAAACAUGAUGGCAUCGUUCACACUCUGCUGGCCAAUGGGGUGAAAGUUCCGGAGGCGAAGAUUCAGGAGAUUAUGCAAGAGCCGGUCUCCAUUUUGCAGACCAACUGAGGGCGAGCCCUCCUCAUCACACACUUUAGGAUAAAUGUUUUGCAUUUGUUGAAUUUUCCC